CACUUGCGCGCACCCAUGGCGGCCUUCCCCGCCGCGCUGCUGCCGGGGCUGUUCCGCGCGGGGCCGCCCGGGCGCGACGGUCUCGAGGCCGGGCUGCGGGUGGGCGGGUGGGGCCAGUGCGGGCAGCUGGGCGUCGCGGCGGGCGGCCCUGGAGCGCCUCCGCUCUUCGUGCCCCACCGCCUCCGGAAGGCGCGGGAGAGCUGGCUGCCCGCCGAGGCCGCCCCGCUGCCGCUGAAGCCCCCAGAAGCGGCGCCCCCGAUCGAGGGCGAGUCCGCCGGCCCGGCCCUGAGUGCGCUGGGCUCGCAGCUGGGGCGGCUCUUCCUGGACGAGCCGGAGGCGGCCUUCGGGGCCACGGCCCGGCUGCUGCACGAGCACGUCUACCUGGGGGACUCCACGGACUGGAGGAGAGCCGGAGGCGUCUGCGGGAUGACCCGCUCCCUUCGCGCCCUGGAAGGCCGGACGGGAGGCGGCAGUGCCUCGCGGCCUCUCUCCGGCGUGGCCUCGCUGUGCCGCGACUGGCUGUCCGAGCUGCCCCUGAAGCUGGUGGCCGAGUGGCUCCACGAGGACCUGGCCGAGCGGCGGCGGCGGCUGGCCUUCGACGAGACUCCCACCGGCGGGGCCUUGGCCUGGCUGCCUGACGGCCCCUGCGGCGAACCCCCGCGCCGGGGCUGCCUGGUGUUCCCGGCCGGGGAGGCCGCGGACCGGCUCUGCUUCCAGGAGGCGGCCUUGAGGCCAGCGGCCAGCGGCGCCCUGAGACCCCAACUCCGGGGCAGCCCCGUCCAGUUCGCGCUCAACGGGGCAGUGCAGCAAGUGGCAGCCGCGCACCUGGAGGGCAGCGACUUCCUGGGGGUCCGCUCGGCCCAUUUCUGUGGGGCCUGGAGGCGGCAGCGUGGAAGGGCCCCUGUCCCUCUGCAGGUGGUUUGCACAGAAGCCCCCUGCUCUUCCAUCGCAGUCAGCCCCCACCUACCUGGCGAGCUGUCCUUGUGCACCCUGGAAGGGGAGCUGUACCUCUGGAAUGUGGAGACGGGGCUCCGACGGCUGCACCAGGACCGCCACAGCCUCUUCUUCCGGGACCAUUCCUCCUGGCGCUGGAGCGAGUUUUCCGCCCACCCACGAGUGCUGACUUUUGCCGACCGCACUGGCCUGAAGGGCCUCGACCAGAGGGUGUCCUCCGGGGGCCACUUCGAGCUCUUCAAGGUGGGGGCUGAAGCCGGCUGCCAGCGCGGGGAACGGCUGCUCCUCUCCAAGUACCUGGGCCAUUUGGAGCCCUUCCAACACUUGGUGGCCACGCAGUUUUCAGUCUUUGUGCUGGAUGAACGCUUCCCCCUGGUGCCUGUCCUGUGCUGGGAGCACAUGAUGCAGCGGCCGCCCAUCUACGCCCACCUCGCACCUGCCAGGCCUCCACAGACCAGCCACAAGGUGCUCCUGGGCGCCCACCACUCCCAGGAGAUGCUCCUGCUGCAGUACUCAGGUGGCCACAGCUUCCCUUGCCAGCUCCAGGGUGCGCCCCAGAAGCUGCCAUCCAUCAGGGACUGCCUGCCCCACUUCCCUGUGCAGGUGCCUGCGAGGCAGAGGGCCCUCAGCCAGCGUCUCUCGGUCCCCACAGCAGGCAUUGCAGCAGCCCCGGGCCAGAGGGAGGGCAUCCAAACGCUGCUGGUCUUCCAGCUUUCCGAGGCCGGGGACCUCUUCUACCAGGCGCUGCUCCCACAGGCCAGUGGGGAAGAGGCGGAGGGGCAGGCUCCCUCCCACGCGGACUCUGGAGCUGCUGUGGUGGGCAGGCCCCACCAGGACCCCGUUUCUCCAGACGGAGCCAAGACCGCUUGUAGCCCGGGGGCUGCAGCCCUGUACCGGCACUGGCUGAGGGCCUGGAAGCGGACCGCCCCACCUGCCCAGGACCGGCAGUGCCCUCCAGCCACGCUCCACCAGGGCUGCCUCUUCACCCACCAAGAGUUGAGGGAAACCGGGGGCAGCUCCCCGUCCUCACUGCAGGCUUCCCGCCGCCUGCACAGGGCCAUGCGGGAAGGGCACCUCUCCUGGGGGGAGGAGAGUGGGGUCCCCGUGCCCCCUGCCCCCCAGGGACCCCCGGGGGAGCUUGGCCAACGACUGGCGGCUUCCUGGGCGGGUGACUGGGUGACCUGGUGGCUGGAGAGGCUGGGCUCCACCAAGGCCCGGCGACAGCAGGAGCUGAGGGAGCAGCGGAGGCGAGCCAAGCGGCGCAGGGGGACGCAGAGCCUCUCCGGCAGCUUCACCUCCUCCACCAGCUAUCAGUCGGAGCCCAGUGACUGGUCGGGGGACUGGUCCCGCCUUGCCCCAGUGACUGGUCCCGCCCUGCCCGCGGAGCCCCCCGUCCAGGCUCCCCCCCCUCUGCUGCCCAGUUCCCAGGAGGGCUCCCCAGGGCUGCUCUCCUCACAGAGCCUGAGUGCCCGGGGCAUCCCCCGUGAGCGCCGCCAGACCCUGCGCAGGUACCUGGCUGUGCUGGACCAACCCCCGGAGCCCCCCGAGGACGAUCUGCCCGCCAGCCAGGCUUCGGCCCUGGGCAGCAGCCAGCGGGGGCCCUUCUCUUCCCAGGGGCCCCAGCCCAAACGGGCCCGCAUGGGCUUCUGACAGGCGAGGGGGGGGGGGGGGCCAA